AUGGCAUACAAUUUGAGUCUCGAAGAAUAUUUUCAGAUAUCCCAACUUGGCAGUGAUCAACCUAAUCACCAUCCCGGAACUUCUACUAUACAACCACCUGCCUCGAGGGUCGAGCAGUCAUCUGCAUUAUCUACCAAUUGGCCUCUUUAUGACCCUUCUAUGAACUAUGGCUCCGCAUAUGUCGACCCCAACUGGAUCACGUACACCACCACUAUAGGGGAACCUAUAGCGGAAAGCAUGUAUCAGGGCAACAUACAGCCUUCCUCCACCACACAGGCAAAGGCCGAAGACCAUCCCCAUCCCCAUCAGACCACAAUCCAGAUCCAGUCCCCCGCAUUCGCAUCAAGUCACUCCACCAGAGAGUCAUCUGCACCAAACGAGAACAACGUCACUCGUAAUGAGCCCCAGGAACGAGAGUGA